AAACAAGAGCGUCAUAAAUGGGCCACUUUUAAGGAUUUUGAGGACUUUUGUUGUAAGAAUGAAGGUGGUAGUGUUUUUCAUGCUCUUUUUUACAAGCCAACUCUUCACAUCUCAUGGGCAGGACUGUCAGAGCGGACAGGACGUGCUGAACGCUCUUCAGCAGGUGCAGAAGCUCCUCUCGGCCCAUGAGACGUCCUUCCUACAGAGUCUGCGGAGCCUCCGCAAGAAACUCGGCCUGCUACAGAACAGCACAGUUAAACACAGCAAAGCCAGCAGCACAGCAUCAGACUGUCCUCCACCAAAGCCGCUGGCUAAUGGCCGGAUCCUCGGGCGUGUAUUUAAGUCGGGCCAUGAGGUCCACUACCUGUGCAGCCCUGGCUUUCAGCUGAUGGGGCCGGAAACCAGAGUCUGCCUGGAGUCCCAGAGCUGGAGCGGAGCACAGCCGUCCUGCAAGUUUGUAGACACCACUGUAAACAAUGAUGCAUCUGCUGCUAUAUCAGCAUCUCCCUCAUCCUCUCAUGACCCUGCCUUUGUGAGGCCGUCCCGCUGCAUUGAGUUUCUGGGCUCCAGCCACUGUACCUGUGAGCCGGGGUUCGGCAUCUCCAGCCACAGCAGCACACUGUGCACAGACAUUGACGAAUGCAAGCUCUUCCGCCUAACUCAUCCUGGCCGUCUUUGUUUGCACACCUGUGUGAAUACAGCUGGAAGUUUCCAGUGCCAGUGUCCUGCCGGUUACAGCCUGGGCCGAGAUAGCAGGAGCUGCCAUGACAUUGACGAGUGUGCGAGGGAGACCCAUAACUGCAGCAGUGAGCAGGUGUGUGUGAAUACAUUCGGAGGUCAUCGCUGUGAGCAGGUGGACUGUCCUCACUUCCGCAACGCCACCUACAUCAAAACUUCACCGCUGCGUUGUGACCGUAACCCUUGCGUCCAAGGAGAUGACGCCUGUCUGCAGGCCCCGGUCUCCAUUAACUUCCACUUCAUGUCGGUGGUUUCCAAUAUGUCAGCGCCCACCGUUCUCUUCCGUUUGUCGGCGGCCCGUGUCCUGGGUGAUGCACUGCGCUUUGGCCUGCUGGGGAAGCGGGGAGUGCAGCACUUCAGUGUCCAGCGUGCAGGCAGACAGACCGGACAGCUGGUGCUGGUGAACCCUGUCCAGGGCCCCGCCACGCUAGACGUCGACAUUGAGAUGAGUGAAAUGGAAAGAAAGGUGCUGUUGGGGCGAUAUGUUACGAAAGUCACCGUCUUCGUGUCACCAUACAGCUUUUGAGGCGCAGAGGGCAGACUGACAGUGCUGUGAAAUCAUUCACAGGCCAGAUCCUGGGGACCGUCCCUGCCAAGGAGAGAUAGAGGAGCUAUUAUACUGUUCCUGAGGUGCCAAUUUCUGAGGACAAAAGAAAACUCGGAGUAAUUUAAGUCCUGAAAAAGGGAAAAAAUCCUUCUAUUUGGACCAAAGUAUUUAUGCAGUGCUGAAGUUAAUUAAGAGUAUGACAUGCAAUUUUGAAAUGUGGAAAAAUUCCGUAAAAUAAGGAAUUUAAGGACAUGGGAAAUAAGGAAGUCAAAUACAAUAAAAUUAAAGGACAAAUAUAUUAAAAUGUCAUUUUAAAGUUGGUUUUAUGAAAAACAUUUUAAAGAAAAGCACAUCUUGUAACAUCAAGUAAAAAAAAAAAGAAGCAAUUAUCUUUAUACUAUGAAUGUGUGUAUUAUUUUUGAAAACAUUUUAAGGCAAAACUUUUAAUUAUGUCAUUUAGUAUGUUUUUGGAGAGUUGCACCACAUGACAUUGAAACAAACUGCUUCACUACAUAUUUUUACAAAAUAAAAUGUCUUCUUAAGG